CGACUCCAGUAGGAGGCUGCGAGGAGCGAUGCACAGGGACGGCUGGCACCGGUACCAGGAGAUGCAGGCGGGUACCGGUACCGGGAGGUGCCUGCUCCGUGACGGUCUCCAAUGGCUGGUGCGACCGGUGCCGGGAGGUGUCAAUCUGGUAGCGCUGGUGCCGGUACCGGGAGGUGCUGGUAUAGAGCAGGAGCCUUCAGGCACCGAUCAUGCGUGAUCCAGCCCCAUUGCGGCUGUCACCCAUACCGACAGGACCCGAGGAACGACCACGCAUCAUCCGGCACCGGCCCCGCUCCCUGUGCCGGGCGGUUCGGUCCUGGCAGCUCCCGGUGCCGCUCCUCUGCAUGCGCCCCCCGCCAGCCCCAUCCCCGGGGAGCGAACUGCACUCCGGGAACCGAUUUUGGGUUCCGCGGAGCACCGGCUGUCUGCCGUCCAGCGCCUCGCAGGUGUAGCAUUUUGGGGCUAAAACAGCCUGCUUCGGGUUUGCUGCUUGUUGGUUUGGUUUGUUGUUUUGUUUUGCAGAGAGAGCAGUGCUUUGGUCACGGCGCUUUGAACUGCGUCGUCCUUUUACUGUCGGACAGGGGGAAAAAACAAAUGUGUAAAAUGAACCGUCCCCAUGGGCGGUCCCCAAUGGAUCAUCUACCAACGGAGGGUGCUUUCCUCUCCUUUGCUUUUGGGGCAGCAGCACUUUGUUUUCUGCUUUUCCUUUAGUACGGGUUUACGGGCUGGGCAAACAAAUUCGGCGAAGGUCAGCGGUUGGGUUUGGGGUUUAAAAAAGGGAUAUAUUGUCUGUUCCAGAAACAGCAUCUAAGCUAAAAAUCAUCAAAACCGGAGGUGUGGGGUUCCAACCUUCAGGCUUUGAAUAAUGUUAGGAAGCACGGCUGCUUUAAUUUUAUUUUGGAAGGACUCCUUUUUCUUUGCAGAAGGUGGAAGGACACUCUCCCAGGAAGCAGCUGCCCGGGAGGAUCCCAACACAGAGAGCCCUGAAAGAGACCUUCAGCAAAGUGGUGCUUGAAGAGUGAUGGUCUUAAAAUGAAAAGGUGCUGUGAGGGUGUUGGGCUGCCAUGCCUGUUUAAGGGUGUUGGCAUGGCCAGCUCCCGGCCUCCCAAGUACCUCCUGGUCUUUGAUUUCGAUGAGACCAUCAUCAAUGAGAACAGCGACGACUCCAUCGUGCGUGCAGCACCGGGGCAGGCGCUGCCUGAGCACAUCCGACAGAGCUUCCGCGAGGGCUUCUACAAUGAGUACAUGCAGUGUGUCCUGGCCUACAUGGGGGACCAGGGCGUCAAGAUGGGGGACUUCAAGGCCGUCUAUGAGAACAUUCCCCUGUCUCCAGGCAUGCCUGACCUCUUCCAGUUCCUCUCCAAGAACCACGAGCUCUUUGAGAUCAUCCUCAUCUCCGACGCCAACAUGUUUGGCAUCGAGUGCAAACUGAGGGCGGCCGGUUUUUAUUCCCUCUUCCGUAAAAUCUUCAGCAACCCGUCCAGCUUUGACAAGAGGGGUUACUUCACCUUGGGGCCCUACCACAGCCACAAGUGCCUUGACUGCCCAGCCAAUAUGUGCAAACGCAAAAUCCUGACGGAGUACCUGGCCGAGAGAGCGCAGGAAGAGGUGGAGUUUGAGAGGGUAUUUUACGUUGGGGAUGGUGCCAAUGACUUCUGCCCUUCGGUGACUUUGACUUCAGCUGACGUUGCUUUCCCCCGGAAGGGCUACCCUAUGCACCAGAUGACCCAGGAGAUGGAGAAGAAGCAGCCUGGAGCUUUCCAGGCCACUGUUGUUCCCUGGGAGUCAGCUACCGAGGUUGCCCGCUAUCUGCAGGAGCUCCUCAAGAAGAAGUGCUGAGGAUGGAUGGCUCCAAAGAGGCUUGUUUACGACAAACAGCUGGGAAGGGAGAAGGCUGGAAGGUCACGUCCUGCACCCCGUGUUUAUUUGGCACUGCUCACUUGGACUUUGAUUCCUGGACUGCUUUCCUGCCUUCCUCUCCGAGCUCCUAUCUCCCCAGUGAUUGAAGCACUUUCUCUCCCCCUACGUCCUUUCCUCUUCCCUCUGCCACAUUGAGAUGAAGUCUUCUCUAUGCAGCUUAGACAGCUUCUCUGCUGUUGGUGGUUGGCAACACUAAUGGUAUGGUUUGGUUUUUUUCCCUUUUUGACUUCACAAGAGCAGUUCUUUACCAUCCACAAGUCAGCUCUCCUGCAGGCUGAGCCCUGCACGUGAUUCCUCUUGACUUCACCCCUCUCACCUCCUGCCCAUCUCCACUCUCCAUGCAGGAGCCUCAUGCUGUUGCCUUGAACCCAGUGCUCCAAGGGCUCUUUGCCUCGCCAGGAAGCCACAAGAAAUUUAGUCUAGGCAGUUUGUGCUGCCCAGGCUCCCCAGCUCACCAUGCAUCCCACUCCUUGCUCAGCAGAUGAGCCUCGCACAGGAAUUUAUUGUCCCUUCAGACUUCAUUUUCUGAAGAGAAAAAUCAUGAGAAAUCAAGGAAACCUAUUGGAAGGUUGGUACCAUGCAAAAAUAAAAAGCAACCCUCCUUCAGUUCCCAUUGCCCUCACCCCAUUUUUCUGGGGGGGAGGCAGAACGGCCACAUCCUGCUUGAGGAGAAGGACCUGACUUCACCUUUCUCUUCCUCCCCAUCACUUCUCCUCCUGGGGCAGCAGCCCCCCAGUGCAGACAGCUCAUCUCCAUGUCUUUGCUGGGUUGUAUUGACUGCUCUGCAACCUCCUGCCUUGGUCCAGAGGUGCUGAAAUCCUCCCAGCUGGAGAGAAAGGUGCUUUAGCACUUCUGGUAUCAGCUCCCCCAGAGGCCAAACCCUUUACGCCACCACAGUGUUAAUUGCCCAUUCUAAUUGCACUCUGUGAAAGGGAGCUUGCAGUAUUUUGCUCUCUGGUGUUGGCUUUUCCUGGAUUUAUCCACAGCCUUAAAUGACCCCCGAGAGUGGCUUGUAACUACUCCAAAGCAUAGAAAUCCUGGCAACAAAUCAGAGAGGUAAGGAAAUAACCAAAGUAGCCCUGAGAUGAUCCUCCUUUAUUUCAUUUUUUCCCCCUUUUCUUCGUUCUUCCUCGUCUGGACACUGUUCAACUGUGUGGAACUUAAAGCCAUGGAAUUAAAAAAAAAAAUACAUAUA